AUGGCCAACCGCUGGGACCGCGAUCGCUUCGCCUACGAGCGAGAGCGAGAUCGCUUUGAUGACCGGCCACCUCCCCCUGGCCGCUUCGAAGACCGACCGCCUCCUCGAUUUGACGAUCGUGACGAUGUCUACUCUCACGCGCCUCCUCCUCGCCGCCCUCGCGAACAUUCUGACGAGCGAUACGACCGCUACCCACCUGCUCGCCCCCCUCCUGGCCGAGGCUUUGAUGACGAUCGUGACUUUGUCCAAGACCGUCGCUACUACGGCGAUGACGACCGUCUUCCCCCGCGCCGCGAUGACCGGGAUGUGGAGCGCCGCGUCUACAUUGACCGUGAGAGGGAACGAUACGCCAGCCCUUCGCCUCCCCGCCGACCCACAAUGGUCCGCCGUCAAUCAUCCCUAGACACCUUCGACCGCCGCCCGCUGCAUUUCCUCGACCGAGAGCCUCGUGAAGAGUAUGGCCAGAUGACGCGUCGCGAAGAUUUCCGACGGGAACGUGAGCGUGAGGAAUUCCGAGCGCCCCCUUACCAGCCGAUUCCUCUGCCUCGCACCCGCCAGCUCGGCCCUGCCCGACCAGCACCCUACGAUGACAUUUCAGUUGCCGAACCUGGCUACUACGGUGACGAAGAGUUCCGCACCAUGCCGGAGCGUGUGCGCGAACGGGAGAUUAUCCGUGACAAGUCCUCGAGGCGGCGCCGCGAUCGCAGCCGCGAGUCGAGAACCACAAAGACAUACUCGCACCGCGGCAGUUCACGAUCGAGCAGCACCAGCAGCCGCACGUCGAGCGACAGCGGCGGCACAGCCGUACGCAGUGAGUACCCGAAGAAGGGCAAGACGAGAAUCCCCGCCCGACUGGUGUCCAAGAGGGCACUGAUUGAGCUGGGAUACCCGUUCAUUGAGGAGGACAAUAUCGAUGAGCUGCUCAAGCUCAGCGAAGAGUUCAAGAAGGGUAUCUGGAACUUCUCGAGGAACGCCGCGAGGAGGUUCUUACCAUCGCUCCACCUCCACCUCCUCCGGCACCCGUCGUCGUCGCACCCCCGCCAGCGCCAGCUCCCGGUUGCUACACCUGUACCAGUCGCCACAACACCAGUUCCACCACCUGCCCCUGUCGUGGUCCCUCCGCCCCCCGUGCCCGUUGUUGCACCGGCUCCUCCGCCCCCAGCGCCUGUCUACUACGAGGCGCCGCCUCCACCGCCGCCCCCAGCGGAAGUUGUUUACGACCGCACCGUCAUACGCGACGUUUCGCCCACUCGCUCAGUUUACUCUUCCGCCUACACUGAUUCGGGUGUUCCUCUCUACCACGAGCACCGCGAAAUGUCAUCCGAGAUCCCGGUCGGCCCCAUGGCUCUCGCAACCCGCCAUCGCUCUCAGUCCCGCUCUCACCGCGAGAUUCGUGCCGAGAUCAAGGCUCUCGAGGCUGAGAUGCGCGAGACCCGCAUUUCGAAGCGUCACGAGCACCGCCACGACCGCGACCGCGAGAUCGUGCGCGCCGAGCGCAUGCCCGACGGCGCCCUCGUGCUGUUCGAAGAGAAGGUCGAAAAGGUCGAGCACGGACACCGGCCGGCGAGGAUCGAGAAGGACAAGAAAGGUAGGAUGGCCAUCAGCAUCCCGAAGAAGUACCUCUAG